AUGACUCAGCCCAUCGUCAAGCAGGCGUCGGUGCUGGAGAGCUUCGGCGCGUCUGAAGUCGAGUUCCUGUCGGAGGACGCUGAGGCCGUGGUGGUCCCGCUCUUCCGCGAGCCGGCCAUCCGCUUGCUGGCAGGCACAUACGGCCCGUUCCGUCCGGGCGUUCCGCUCACCGUCCCGCUCUGGCUGGCCAAGCAGCUGAAGAAGCAGAAGAAGGCCAAGAUACAGCCGCCCGAGUGGAUGGAUGUCGACUCACUGCGGGCAACCUACGAGGCCGAGCAGGCCGAUCCGCUGUACUUUGAGGCCCUGCCGUACCACUACGUCGAAAUCGCCUCACAGUUGCUUGAUGUUGCCUCGGAUGACAUUCCGGAUGCAAACUCGGUCCGCGAGACCAUCGAGGACAUCGUCGAGGUCCGUCACCUCAAGAUCAUGGCCGGAAUGCGCGCCCUCGACGGCGACUCGCCAGCCAUCAAGCUCAACAACCUCGCCGCCAUGGAGAUCAACUCUAUCCGCUCCUUCUUUAUCGCCACCAUGGACCACUACGCCAUGCUCACAGAGCCCGAGCUCUCCGCCCGCCGCUCCUCCACCCGCGAGGCAACCCGCUCGUCCACUACUCCGGCCCGCGCCUCAUCAGAGGCGUCGUCCGUCCCGCCAACAGGCGGCCUCUCCACAGCGCGCGCCCAGCGCAAGUUCCGCCCGCGCACCUCGUCCACAGGCGCAGGCUCACGCGCCUCGGCUGCGUCCGCCCGCUCCUCCGAGACCCCGUCGCGCUUCCCGUCCGCCCGCCCGCGCCCACGCUCGCGUCCGCGCCCGCGCCCGCGCUCCACAUCGUCGGCAGCGACGUCAGCGGGCUCGGUCGACCCAAGCACAAUCUGGCGAGCCCGGUGA